CCACUCCACUCAACAAGGCAAUUAAUCGGCAGCCACUUUUUAAGCUUCCUUCCUCCCCCCAUCUUUUUAUAACUGCUAGAGCUAGAGCUUAGAGCUUAUUAGAGACCCCAGCCCCUUCCCUGUCUCUUCUCGGCUUCUCCUCCAGAGUCUUGGCCUCCUUGCUUGGUGCUGGUGCCGGAGAGCAAGAUGGCGAGGGGGUCUCAGCCAUCUGCAUCGCUCCUGCUCUUCUCUCUGGGGCUUGUGCUCCUCUGCUUCACCUCAGGAAGCACCGUCAGGCUGGCCGAGGCACAGAAAACGUGGUGCAUGGCGAAGCCGUCGUCGGACGAGAAGGUCCUGCAGGCGAACAUCAACUACGCGUGCUCCAACGUGAGCUGCGCCGUGAUCCAGCCGGGCGGGCCGUGCUACAACCCCAACAACCUGCUGUCGCACACCUCCGUCGCCAUGAACCUCUACUACGCCGCCAACGGCCGACACUCCUGGAACUGCUACUUCGCCGACUCGGGCAUCGUCGUCAAGUCCGACCCCAGUUACGGCUCGUGCACCUACUACUGAUCUUCCUCGCCGAGGUCGGGCGAUGCAGAUGGGUCGCAGUAGGUUCUUCUUGUGUUUAAUUGGUCGCGCGAGGAGCUGCAUGUUGUUGUGAGCUAACUAACUGCUCCGGCAUGAUGAUUAAUUGGUUGAGGUGAAGAGUGUGCGUUGGUGUGGGUUAACUGCUAGUGUCUGUUUUUUGAGAUGUGUCUGUGUUGCCUGUGUCUUGUUUGAGAUGUCCAUUCACUGAUCGAUCUCUCUCCGCUGGGGAACUUAUUAAUCCAUGUUUGUCCUGUUAUUUA